CUCAUCAGUUAUCACACGCGCUUUCUAUCUUUUAAUUCUAAUUUCUAGCAAUGCCCGACCCUGACCCGAAAGUGGACCCGGAAAAUCAAGAACGGGACAAUGCCGACGAUCUUGAUGAAGAAGAUGACGAUGACGACGAAUACGACGAAAAAGAAGAAGACGAAGAAGAAGACGACAACGACGACGUCACGUUCGAACCGCCCACGCCUCGAGCGGUGAGGCUGAAAAUGGACGCUCUAGUGCGACGUAUGUUGGCCGGUCCCGUUUCAAUCCACGUACACGAUGUGAUCAUCAAAGGGAACACGAAGACUAAAGGCUACAUAAUCGAAGCCGAAGCUUUAGAAGCUUUGAAGAAAGCCACCACGAUGCAGGAGCUGUUGCAAGCAUCGAGCGCGGUUAAUUCGCGGCUGAAAUCGCUCGGACUGUUCAAUUCCGUUAAGAUCACGCUAGAUUCGGGCCCGCCUGAGAUCCCUGGAAGUGCCAAUGUAGUUAUUGAGGUUGAGGAAGCGAGGAAUCGUUUAUUGGGAGAGAUUGGGGCUUAUACGAAAACUGAGGCUAAAUCUUCCUCGGUGGAAGGAUCAAUCAAGUACAGGAAUUUGUUAGGGUAUGGGGAUCUCUGGGAUGGUUCAAUUGCUUAUGGCUUUGACCACUCAGCUGAGGUAAGUGGUGGUGUGUAUUUCCCCAGAUUCAAAGCAUUGGUAGCUCCUGUCACUGCUCGUGCAUACAUUUUGACCCAAGAUGGGCUAAACUUUUACUCUUACAAAGAGCGAUCUGUUGGACUUUCUCUUGGUUUAUUUUCAAGUAGAUAUCAUAACUUUGAAUACCAUCUGGCAUGGCAAACCUUAGCAGAUGCAUCUCAAUUGUCAUCAUCGUCUAUAAGAAGCCAGCUUGGACGCAAUUUACUGUCAUCUUUGAAGUAUAGGUUAAAAAUUGACAGAAGAAAUUCUCCUGUGAGACCAACCCGAGGAUAUGCUUUUGUGGCUACCACUCAGAUUGGGGGCCUUGCACCUGAUAGUCAUAGCUUACGGUUUCUACGCCAGGAGUUUGAUCUUCGAUGUGCUAUUCCUCUCGGAUUUUACAAUGCAGCAUUUAAUUUUGGGAUUUCUAGUGGUGUUAUCUUUCCAUGGGGGAAUGGGUUCUUGAACAAGACUACAUCCUUAUCAGAAAGAUUCUUCUUAGGUGGCAAUCUGUCUCCAGUUUGUGCUUUAGGAGGCCCAAAAGCAUUAUGGGGAUAUAAGACAAGGGGAUUGGGCCCCUGUGAGCCUACAAGGCAAAUCAACGAUGAGGAUGCUGAUGCUGUUGUGAGGGAUUUUCUUGGAGGAAAUCUUGCUGUUACUGCUCUGGCGGACCUUUCUUUUGACCUUCCACCAAGGUGGUUUAGGGAGAAGGGAAUCCAUGCACAUGUCUUUGCAUGUGCUGGAAAUGUUGCUAAGUUAGCAGAGAAUUUCCGAAGUUUCUCUGUUCAGAAGUUCAUAGAGUCAUUCAGAAGUUCUGUUGGAGUUGGGAUUGUUGUCCCUACAAGUCUAUUUCGCAUGGAGCUUGAUUACUGCUACAUACUGAAGAAGUUUGAUCAUGACCAUGCAAAAGCCGGCUUUUGGCUAACCUUCUCUCGUCCAUCAUAGAAUGCUGAAAUCUUUGUCAAUGUUUGACAUCUGGUAACAUUGGUAUGACAUAGAAGCCCCGUCAGUUCAAACAAUUGAGUUUUUGGAUACCUUGGCAGUUCUGCUUCUUUGCUGGAUAUCUUAGUUUCAGCAGUGUUGAUAUGGCCCUUUUCACCUCAAGAAUAGGGGGCAAAUAAUUGUGUUUCAGUUAAUGGUGGGAGUAUACACGGGAUUCUUUCUUGUGGGUAUCCAAUGAAACCACUGAUUGUCUCAUUUCCGGACAGGGUUUCUUGAGAACCUGAUUGUUUACACUUGCAGUGAAAUUUUUUUGAGGAAUACUCUUUUUCCUUCA